AUGACUGAACCGGACGACACCGCAGUUCCCGCGAAUGCAGGCGAAUUAGACACAGCAGCUGACAACGUGCAGCCAGGGGAAGAGACUGGAAUACCCAGUAACGACCCCCAGAGCAAAGAUGAAACGCUGCCCGGCGAUGAUUCUGACAGCGAUGACAGUUUCCUGGAUGAGCGCGAUCUCCAGAUGACUCCAGGCUCAUCCCAAACAGUUAGCCAAGAAGGGUCAUCUGAGGCCAUGAAUGCUGAGGCCAUGAAUGAGCUUCAAGAAUACGUAAGUAAUAUCGCCCCCGACACCUUCACGAGCCCCUUCCCUGAGGAUACAAAUUUAGAUGACUCUGCUGCCACUCUGAAUGCAGUAAUCAGUCAAGAUCCCACCUCAAUGACCAGCGAAGACGAAAGCCAGCAGCCUGAUCCUGCCAAUAGGAAUUGGUGGCAAGAAGCCGGACACCAUGAUAAUCCUCGAGGCCUCUUGAUUAACAAGAUGCUGCUCUUUCCCGAUAAAUAUAUCCCGGAAGGGCCUAUCCCAAGUGACGCGUAUUGGGAACGACUGAAGGACCCGGUAGGAUUUGAUCGGCGAAGAGCGGAGGCUGAACCCCUAAGUCUGGAGGAGCUCCAGAGCUGGGAGGAAGUUUUUGAUCCAACCAAACUCAGUUCGUGGGAGGCGCGAGAUCGGGGAGGAUCGGCAUCCCCUCCGUCUCCAGCUCCUUGCGAUAGCGGCCAGCUAAUUCAGCAGCAACCUGUCCUGCCGUCAUCGCCAAGCAGUCAGGGACACUCGAGCGAAGGGGAGAAUGAAUCGACUCCUUCGUCGCCAGUGGCACCAAGCCCUGGAGGGUUAGCUGCCAGUCCUACUCCAGGAUCUGAGAAUGCUGAGAAUAUAGGCACCAAUGAGGAGCCGCAGGGACAAGCUCAAUUGGACACCGUAGAUGGUAUGACGAGUCAGGAAGCCAAUGACUACCUAAACAGAGUUCAGUGGAGACCAGACUCCAACAAUGGCUUACCCGGCACGCGUAUCGAAGCAGCAGCGGUCGCCACACGAAUUAGGGCUGCUUUGGUAGACACGUCGCAGGCCUUCGAUUUGAAAUCAAAUAAUGGCAGGAGAUGGGCUCCUGGUUCAACGCAGCUUCAUAGGGUGGGCUGUUUUGUCUGGACUUGGCCAUGGACGCCUCGUCAAAAUAACUUGGAAAUUCGGGGUAGAACGUUAGACUUCACGGAAAAGCUCGACCGGAUAUGUCAUCUAAUAUCUAUUCAGAAAGGUAUAUGCACGAAAGUUCUUGAGGGACAACAUCAUAUCAUGAAGGAAAUUAUCGCUGACCCUAAAUGCAGGGAGAAUAAGUUGAGGCGGUACAAAGACAAUAACGAUGAUCACCGCGCUAGGGAACAUACCAGGCUGAUUGCUGUGCAGCAGGGGCCUUCAGGAGCAGGCUCAGCGACAAAUCCCUCCACAGGCGUAGUAGUGCCGACAGGUACUGCGCCAGUACUGAAUAAUCAACCAAUGGCAACAAUUCAGCCUCAAGUCGAUCUCCAAAAACAGGGCGCCCUUGCACGCUCACAGAUUCCAAAUGGAACUCAGAGUACUUCGCCAACCCAAAAUGCACCUCUCCCUUCCAUUUCUCAACGAACAGUACCUCCGAUGAACACGAUCCCUCCGCCAACUCAACAAUCAAACACGAACCUUGUUUCACGGGGCCCCGCAGAGCAGCAGCAGGGCCAAGGACGACCAACAUCACAGCAAGGUUCUAUGUUGCAGCGGAUAAACCUUAACAACAGAAAUGGUGCUCCUUAUGAUGGCUUCCAAAUCAGUGCCUCAAAUCAGGUGCGACAUCAGGAAAGAGUUCGCGGCCAUGUUGACGGCGAGUCACAACGGGCACCUCAGACAUAUACUGCUCUUUCGCCUCAACAGAGACUUCAAAGAAACGUUCUCCUCGCCCAGCAACGCGUGCAAGAGCUCUCUCAGCAACGCUCCCAAUCGCAGCAAAGUAUACCAUCACAACCCGCCAACGCUUCUAUCUCUCCGCCACCGCCGCCUGGUAGCAAGCGUCUUAGAGACCAGGCAGCAGGACCGAGCUCUCAGCCGCGCUGCAAGACUCCUAAAGUCGGCCGGGGCUCCUCUCCCUCGCCCCAUGGCGAGUUACGCGCAACAGUCGCUCAUCCGCGGAAAGCGCCUACACCGAACGCGCCCACUACGAACGCACCCCCUACGAUUGUGAUCUCAGGCAGCGAGGACGACGUACUAGUAGUUCGGUCACAGCCGCGUCAGCCUCCACGCGCUACAGGUACCGCACCCACAGCAGCACUGCCGCUAAACCGGCCGCCUACUCCACCGCCGCAAAAGAAUUAUUCCUGGGUAAAGCCGGCGACGCAGAUGGUGGGGUGGAAGCCGAGGCGCAGGCAGCCGGUUCUGUCGGAUCGGGCGCAGGCGCGGGCUGAGGCGGCGCGGAGGCAGCGGGAGGAGGGGCAGCGGGAUGAUGCUGCAGUUGUGUCGCUUGAGGAUGGGGAGACGGGAGGGGAGGGAGCCUGGGAGGCCAGCGAUGGAAGCGAGGGCGGGGGUCGAAGGAUUGAUUGUGUGCCGAACGGGGAUCUCGAUGUCCGCCGGGAUGAGGCUGGGGUUACUGGGACGGUGCAGGAGGAGGAUGUGGGAGAUCAGCGACCUGAGGAUGAGGACGAAGAGGAAGAGGAAGAGGAACAGUGGGAGACGGUAAUUUGAGGAGAAUUUUAUGGAGAGUCGGAUGUUCUUCAAGGUAUGUAUCUCGCUUUGGCAUAGCUUACUACGCAGUUCGGGUGGUUUCCCAGUUUUAAUGAUACUGAGACCAU